GGCCAACCCAAGAGGGAGGGAGUGUGGUUGAGGCAGUGGGUUCUGCAGGGUGGGAUGUGGGCGACUCCUCCCUGCCCUGCUGGUGCGUGUGCACCCUGGCAGGGUGUGGAGUUCGGACAUACACGUGUGUAGGGCUGGUUGCGUCACUGCGUGGGGGGCACUGGAGGCCCAGAGGAGGAGUACUGGAUGCCUGACGGUGUUUACACCCCACGUCCUGCUCCAACCAGAAGUUUGGGGAGAGGACAAUGGCGUCUCUUGGCCACAUCUUGGUUUUCUGUGUGGGUCUCCUCACCAUGGCCAAGGCAGAAAGUCCAAAGGAACACGACCCGUUCACUUAUGACUACCAGUCCCUGCAGAUCGGAGGCCUCGUCAUCGCCGGGAUCCUCUUCAUCCUGGGCAUCCUCAUCGUGCUGAGCAGAAGAUGCCGGUGCAAGUUCAACCAGCAGCAGAGGACUGGGGAACCCGAUGAAGAGGAGGGAACUUUCCGCAGCUCCAUCCGCCGUCUGUCCACCCGCAGGCGGUAGAAAUUGCGCGAUGGAAUCCGGCCAGGACUCCCCGGGCAACUGACGUCUCCCACGCUCCACCUGCGCGCCCACUGCCCCCUCCGCCGCCCCUUCCCCAGCCCUGCCCCCGCAGACUCCCCCUGCCGCCCAGACUUCCAAUAAAACGCGCUUUCCUCUCGACAG